UCGACAGUGUUGACAGUUGACGCGCGACGCGAGCGAAAAUUGUUUGUAAAAUGUAAAGUGAGUGAAAUCAGUGAAACGAUCAGAAAAUUAUUGAUUUAUUUAAUAAAAAAGGUCAAUAAUCAUUAUUAAAUCUAUUGUCUUGUCAGGAACGAGCAACAUUAUGCACAGUGCAAGGGAACCUUCAAUAAAGUGAUUGUGAUUGUGUUUUGAGUGUGGUGGAACCGACAUUGACAUUUUCUGCAUUCCUGCCGGCUAUCCGGAAGAAUCGACCAUGACUGCUACGCUCCUAUUCCAACAGGGCCAAUCCGUGGCCUCCAUCUGCCGGUUGUGUUUCAUGGAGCGGGACCAACUAGAACUGAUUUUCGAUCCGGAUCACGGGUACGUCACCGAAUGGAUCGAAAAACUGACCACUGUGAAGCUUGUGCAUGUCCCGAAUGCUCCCGCGUCGCUGUGUGCCGGCUGCAAAUCCACCCUGGAAACCUUCGACGUGUUCCGAGACAUGUGCAUCACCAACGAUCUGAUGUUCAAGGAAACGUUCUGUCAGGAGCCCACCCCGGAAAGCUUGGCUGCUGAUGAAAUCAAAAUCGAAAGCGUGGAAGGAAAUGUUGUGGAUGUUGGACAAGAUGUAAAAGUGCCGGUUGUUGUCGGUAAGAUUCCUGACACGCAGGAAGGCAAUGAUGCUACGGUAACGAACAUGGUUUUCGACAAUUUCGAAAUCAAAGUUCAUGAUAUGGGCGCGGGUGUUGGCAUUGAUAUGCCAAUGAUGGCGAUGGUAAGGAUCGGUGAAGGAAACGAAAUUGCUCUAGAUGAGCAUCAUGAUACUGCUGCCAUGCUACAACUGCCGAUGAACGAUAGCACGCUAGACAUAGCCGGUAGGGAAAUUGAUAUAGAUUCAAGUGUUGAAUCCGAAUCGGAAACGCUUGAUGAUGCACAAAUUGCUUAUGCGGCCAAAGAAAAUUCCGAUGUCUUAGCCAUAAUUGAAGACGCUCUAACGGAUGUCUGCAAAUAUUACUGUGAAGUUUGCAAUAUUCAUGUCUCGAAACUUCACAUACUGACCCACAAAGGUCCACAAUACUUCCGGUGCUAUGUCUGUUUGAAGGAAUUCCCGCGCUUCAACUAUGUGAGCAAGCACACCGCUAAGUGGCAUCGAAGACAAGUAGGGGAAGUUGUGAACAAUACCGAAGGUAUCCGAAAUGAGGAUCAAAUUAACAGCGACGAAAACGAACAUGCCCAGCUGGAUAGUUAUGAUCUCGUUAGUGCUUUCGCACCAACAUCCGAAGUAGCUGUCGUAGGCGACUACAAAAUCAUUAUAUCAGGUCAGGAUAUGAAAGUAGACCCGGAUGUAGAAGAGGAUAUGGUAGUGGUAGGGCAACAAGCAGCAACAGCCCCUAGCAUAAGCAAGGCGGAUAUGUCGGACUACAGCAAGUAUCACUGCAAGCUGUGUAAAAAAAACACCACCAAGCUCCAUAAAAUAACUCACAAGGCGAAAGGAGUUUUCCAGUGUUAUGUAUGUCACAAAAAAUUCAAAAAAAUGGACUAUUGUAGCAAACACAUCAAGACGCAUUUGAAUAAGCAAAAAACACAGCCAACGACACAGACUUCCACAGAAGGCAUCUCGUUUCACACCUGCAAAAUUUGCAUGAAAAGUGUAUCAAAAAUGCACGCAAAGACUCACAAAGCCAAAGGAUUGUACUUGUGCUACAUCUGUCGAAGGAAGUUCGAUACAAUGAAAGACGUAGCUAAACACAUUAGAAGCCACAUGAAGUUGCGAAAGCAACAAGAAGAACAAACCACACUCGGACACUUGUACGAGGAAAGAAAAAGCGAUUCAAAAAUGACCCAAAAAUCUAAAAAACCAACUCCGUUCAACCAUAAUUGUCAAAUAUGUCACAAAAUAGCCUCCAAAUUGCAUCUUAUGACCCACAAAGCUGAAGGACUAUUUGAAUGUAGCUUCUGCCCUAAGACGUUCGACAAAUUUCAGUACGUUAGUAAGCACAUCAAGCUGCACGCAAGGAAGGAAAAAAAUGCGUACUUUGAUUCACGAAAGGAAAACACAAAUCAGACUACCACUGGAAGCGAAAAGUCGGACAGUUCUAGAAAAUCGCGUGAAACCAGCUCCAACACAUACGACAUGGACGAUGACGUCGUUGUAGUAAAAGUCGAAGAACCUGUCCUGCACAUUGACUCGGAUGUCGAAGAUGAAGACGUUGUGGCCAUAGAUGACGAGGACGAUAUUAAUGAGGACGAUGUCGUCGUACAUAACGAUGUUGUCAUAAAGGACGAUGUGAAUCAGGACGAUGUCGUCGUAGAUGACGUUGUUGUCAUAAAGGACGGUGUUAAUGAGAAUAAUGUCGUCGUAGAUGACGAUGUUGUCAUAAAGGACGAUACUAAUGAGGACGAUGCCGUCGUACAUAACGAUGUUGUCAUAAAGGACGAUAUUAAUGAGGACGAUGUCGUCGUACAUAACGAUGUUGUCAUAAAGGACGAUGUGGAUCAGGACGAUGUCGUCGUAGAUGACGAUGUUGUCAUAAAGGACGAUAUUAAUGAGGACGAUGUCGUCGAAGAAGAUGAUCUUGCAAAGAACAAAGAACAUCAUCGGAAGGUCGACUUGAAGCAAUUGGACGACGAUCAGGACAUGCAUCUUUGCAAAAUUUGCAACAAAACAGUGUCUAAGAUGCAUGCAAACACCCACAAAGCGCACGAAUUGUUCAAGUGCCCUUUCUGUCGGAAAACAUUUGCCAAAUUCAGUAACACCAGUAUGCACAUCAAAUGUCACAUAGAGAGGAACAAAUGCGUCUGCGGAGUUUGCAAGAAAUCCUUUUCGGGUCCAUACAAACUUAAUUUGCACAAAAAGUGGCAUUCUCAUUAGGAUUAGGCAGCAUGUUUAUUAACACAUAAUCUAGUACUACGGCUCGAAUAAAAUGUAUCACACUUUGAA